CAACAUUACGUAAUUACGUCGAGUGUACGGUGGCGUACAGUGUCGCAAUGGCUAAAAGUUAGAGGAAACGUUACAUUUAGCAAGGCUGACUCUUCUUUUAGUCUUUGUAUAUUUAUUUCCUUAACUUUAUUUUAAACAUAUGCUAUUUUUGAGCUGAAAUUCGCCCUUUGGUAUCAUCUAGAAGUCGGGGUUUUUCUAUCGCAAUAGAGUCGCCGUUAGCCUUUGAGCUAAAAGGCUAACAGGCUCUACAAUGGAGGGUAGCGCCAGUGUUCGGAGAGCCUUGUCCGGGACUCUGGUUCCGUCAGCGGUCACAACCGUGGCUCUGUGUCAGCCUGAGGACAAAGAAGAGGGAAAACUGAAGAGAAAAGUUCUCGAUGAAGAGGAUUAUAUUCAGAGCUUGGAGAAAAUUAUCCAAAGGGACUUUUUCCCAGAUAUCACCAAACUUCAAGCACAAAGGGAAUACCUUGAAGCAGAGGAAAGUGGAGACCUUGAGAAGAUGAGAGAGAUAUCCAUUAGAUACGGCUCAUCGUUGAACAAAUCCACACCACAAACCUCUGCACCUUAUUUGACCCCUGCCAGUUUUGAAACACCAGUUGGUCGCUCAGGAUCGCCGUCUUCCACUUACUGCAGUAAAGGUUCGGAUUUGGAGAGAAAGGAUGAUGACAAAGAAGAAAAAGAGCUGCCCAGUCUGGAUCGUUUUCUUGCUAAAAACACCAGUGAAGAUAAUGCAUCCUUCGAGCAGAUAAUGGAUCUAGCAAAAGACAAAGAGAAACUGAAGCACGCCUGGUUAUAUGAGGCAGAGGCUGAAUUUAAACAGCGCCACGAGGAGAACCUCGCCCUCCCGUCAAUGGAGAAAGCUGCUCUUGAAUGCGUUAAAGCUGGACUGGAAACGUGGGAGUACAAAGCAAAAAAUGCCUUGAUGUACUAUCCGGAGGGUGUUAAAGAUGAUGAUGCAAUCUUUAAGAAGCCCAGAGAAGUGGUGCACAGGAACACUCGGUUUGUUGGAGAUCCGUUCAGCAAAGCUCUGAACAAAAGCCAGAUUCAACAGGCUGCAGCCCUCAAUUCACAGUUCAAACAGGGUAAAGUGGGCCCUGAUGGGAAGGAGCUAAUACCACAUGAAUCCUCAACGGUGAAUGGGUAUGGCUUUGAAAGGACUCCAUCACCUGCCCCUGGUGUUGCUGAUUCACCUCUGAUGACCUGGGGCGAGAUAGAGAGCACGCCGUUCCGUCUGGAUGGAUCAGAUACGCCAUAUGUUGAGCGAAAUCAUGGCCCAUCAUUCAAGAUUCCCGAACCAGGACGAAGAGAGAGGCUGGGUAUAAAGAUGGCAAAUGAAGCUGCUGCAAAAAAUCGUGCAAAGAAACAGGAGGCAUUGAGAAAGGUUACAGAGAACCUAGCAAGUCUUACGCCUAAAGGUCUGAGCCCGGCCCUGACGCCCGCCCUGCAGCGGCUUGUAAAUCGGACUUCUAGCAAAUACACAGACAAAGCGCUGCGGGCGAGUUACACGCCGUCGCCUUCGCACAGAGUCAUCCCCUGCAAGUCUCCCUUCGCUGGACCAGCCACUCCUUCAGGAACGCCAACGCCCACCAAAGCUAAGACGCCGAGCUCGCAGGACCUCACAUCACUCACGGACAAUCUGCUGCAGCUUCCCAAGAGACGGAAAGCCUCAGACUUUUUCUAAGAAAAGCCGCUCUAAGUUCAAACAUUUAAAAACUUCUGUUUAAAAAAAAGUCUUUAUUAAAACGUACAAGAAGAGGAUUUCUCCAAAUAAAGGACAGCGAGAAUUUCUAAUGUCCUGUUGCUUAAUUCAAUGGCAGAUAUGAUUAUUAGUGUCUCUGUGAAAUGCAUCUUGCCCAGUUUUCUCAGUAUUUCCUUUUUGAAGUGGAAAAUUUGAGUGAUUAUGUAUUUAUUACGAUCUAGUGUGGUUCUUAAAACUUAUACAAACACAUGGGAUCAUAAAGCCAAGCACAAUAUAUCAGUGUUUGUUUCUGUUACUUCAAAAUGUUAUAAAAUGUCCGACUUUUGGAUUUUUACAAUUCAAAAUAUAAAUGUGGUCAUUUUGUCCAGUAUCAUUUUUGGUGCGGUUUUUACAUGAACAGAUUUAAAUCAGCUUUAUAGUGCGCAGUAUGUAACAUCACAGUAGUAUUUUAUUAUUUUUUUUUUUUAAAGCCAAAGAAAUUUAUGCAUCUUUACAGGCACCCCUAAUAAAGAUGCAUAUUAAACUAGAAAACUUUGCAUUUCCUGCACAAAAUGCAGUGUGAAUGCUGUAAGCUAAAUAUUUUAGUGGAAAUUGCAGAAGCACAACUACAGAAGACUUUCAGAAAUGUAAGAAAGAUGCAGAAUAAAGCAAAAGCCUGCAAACAGAAAACCUGUAAAGAGUGAAAACUUUCAGUCAAUGCAAAGUUCCCAACCAAAAAUUUGUGCAGAACGCUGUUUACAAAGCUAAACUCUAAGGUCAUAACAGUAUUUGUUAAAAUGAGCUAAAAAGCUAAAAUUAGCUGAAAUACUAUUGGCUUCUAGGUUAGGACUAGCAUAUUUAUAUUUGAAAAUAAAACAUGUACAAGCUAAAAUGAUCUAAAAAUCUAAAACUAGCUAAUAUAAUAGUGAUAGCAUCUAUUCUAGUAGAGUAUGAUUUACAGUAACAUCAUUGGAAGACUUGUGAACCCUCAGAGUUAAUGGGCCAGUGUAUCUUAACUGCUUAGCGGCCAGAGCAAGAAAGUUGUUAAUUUGCCAAAAUAAAGUGAAUCUGAAUCUGA